AUGCCUCCACCAAACGAGACCCCCACCAACCCUAACCGGCGCCACAUCCAAUGGGAUGAACUACCAACAAUCGACGGCUUAUUCCCCUCUGAACGCCGUAUUCUUGACCGUCCCCCACCACACAUUUACGACAUGAUGCGUGAAGUGACGAUGCGAGUGCAGAGAGACGACCGUAUGACGCCCGAAGUCCAGCAUUCAGUCCAACGUCUCGUUACAGCAGUCGAAGGUCACGUGGAAGCACACCCAAGCCCUGUAGGCCGCAGUCUUCCAAUUUCAGUCACUCGACGUCGGGGCAUUCGAGAAGAGGAAAUUGGUGCUGGGACCGUGGUCUUUGGAGCGAGGCCGUUAUCACGGACUGUGUACCGUGAGAUCAGAGCGAGUUUGUCCUUGAGACCUGGGGCGACUCGACAUGGAUUGGGGUUGUUUUCUGUGGUUGAUACCUUUGUUGACACUAACACUGUCACCAACACUGGUGCCAGCGUUGUUGGUGGCGUUGGUGGUGGCACAGUCAGUGUCACUGCUGGCAGCGUUGCCAGUGGCACCACUCCUGCUUAUUUAAGGGACACAACAGCCUCAACUUCUCCGUCCUCCUCUCCUUCUCCUUCUCCCCUUCUCCACCGCCACGGCCAAAGGUUUGGCCGCCGUGAAUUCCUCUUGUCUCUAGAGACAAAGAGGUCGGGCCGGCGCACACGACAUUAUGUCGUGCUGCCAGACGCCCAAUUCACGGUGGCCAUGACUUGGCACCGUGGUAGCCGGCGUGUGGCGGUGGAGAUCCGCGAUUUUUGGGAGAGGGAGGGCCACAGGCACCAUGUGUUCCUGGUCGCGCAUAAGGAUGUAUUUUUGCCCUGUCCUGGCUCGUCUUGUGAGCGUUUGGUAUCUGCCGAAGAGGCAAUUCGGCGUUGGGUCGGCGAGGAGGUUGCAUUGGGACCAGUUGAGUUGUAG